UUGCUAAACAUCGCCCCUUUUCCACCUCUAGCGCACAUGUGUUUACUUGUUUUUAGAAAAGUUUUCCAAAAAACAAUCCAAUAAUGGUUAAAGGAAAAAAGCCGUACAUCGACCGCAAGAAGGCGGUGACCUUCCAUUUGGUGCACCGCAGUCAGCACGAUCCGCUGGUCACCGAUGAAAAUGCGCCGCAGAGGGUGCUCCUGGAGGCAGCUGCCCGUCAGCAGAAGCCCAAGGAACCAGAACCAACCACCGAUCCCGCCAAGCGUCAGGAGGAACUGAAGAAGUUCGGAAUCCAUUUCGACGAUGACUACGAUUACAUGCAGCACUUGAAGAAGCGGGAGAACGAUGUGGUUUGGGAGUAUAUGGAAAACCCCAAUCAGGCCAGGAAACAGAAGCUUCAAGAUGCAGAUAAGCCGGGCCCAUCGCCUAAACUAGUCCUGCCCAGCUCCGUGUUCGCCAGUGAGUUCGAGGAGAAAGAGGGCAUGUUAAACAAGGCAGCUCCACAAAGUCUUCGCCUCGAUUGGGAUCCCGAUGUGGUGGCCGCCUUGGACAGCGAUUGCGAAAACGAGGAGGAGCUGGAUGAUGACUUUGUGAUGCAGGCCAUGGCUGAAGGCUCCGAUGACGAAGAAUGGGAUGGCGAGGAGGAUGAGGAGGAGCACUCCGACAUGGACUUUGAUUCCGAUGACCUGAAUGAGGAGGAAGACGAUGAUGAACUAAUGGACCGGUUGGCACCUCUCAUGCGCGAACGUCGCUUCGAUGACGAGGAGGUCAAGUCGCGGUUCACAGAGUACUCCAUGUCUUCCAGCGUUAUUCGACGUAACGAGCAGCUCUCGUUGUUAGAUGAUCGCUUUGAGAAGUUCUACGCCAGCUACGAUGAUCCGGAGCUGGGCGAUCUGGCUUUAGAAGACAUUGAAGGCAACUGGCACCAAAAACAUCCUGUUGUCAUGCAGUGCUUCAAAGAGUUCAAGAAGAAGGACAAGACCAUUGAAUACAACAAGGAGUGGGAUCGCGAGCGCAUUGAAAAGUAUAAAAAUGUGGUUGAGGGUGAGCAGGAUCCCACGGAGGAGCUGGUGGAGUACGAGGUUGAGGAUCCCAAGCAGAAGAAGUGGGACUGUGAGUCCAUCCUUUCGACCUAUUCGAAUAUCUACAACCAUCCCAAGCUGAUUGAUGAGCCGCGACGCAGUCGUCGCUCCAGUGCCAGCACAAAUCCAGCUCCCAUCCAGAUCGAUCCCAAAACAGGACUGCCCACGAAUGUCCUACGCAAUGGCGUCGAUGGCCAACUCACAGCCAAAGCUUUAGCCAAUCUAGAAGAUGAAUCACCAGCUGCCACUGGGCCAAAAUCACUUUGCGCCAAGUCGGUGCUCUCCACAUUGAGCGUCCUGUCCAUCAGGCCCAAGGACGAGACCCCCGAGGAGAAGAAGGAGCGGAAGCGCCUGCUGAAGGACUAUCGCAACGAGCGCCGCAUCGAAAAGAAGGCCAACACGGAGGCCUUCAAGGAGGAGAAGAAGCGGCAGACGCACGUGAAGAUCAACCAGCGAACCAACCAGCAAGGAGCCUCCAUUGUUUAGCUUAAGUUUCCGGCUCUGUUCUCUAGGCUUAAAUGUGAAAUGUAUACACAGGCGUAUAUGUUAAGUGAUAUCUAUAAACGAAGGAUUGGAUAAACCGA